AUGAAUUUCGGAAGCGCAUCCACGAGCGGAGGCUCGUCCCUGUUCGGUCAGCCAACUUCAGGCUCAACCGGCGGCCUCUUUGGCAACGUUGGUGCGAGCGGCCAGACUACUUCAACCUCGUCACCCUCAUUAUUUGGAUCAACUCCUGCCACGACGGCCACGAGUAACCUAUUUGGCGCGCAAAAGCCUGCAGCUUCUGGUGGAACUUUCAGUUUUACCAACCCAGGUCAAACUUCAGGCCAGCAGAGUAACUCCCCCAUUUUUGGCCCUGGUACCGCGACCCCAAAUAAACCAGCAGAUUCAGCAACGCAGGCACAGAAGCCGUCGGGCCUAUUUGGGAACACUACUACCGGAAGUCCUAAUAUCUUUGGGAGCACAACUCCUGCUACCGCAAAGUCAGGUCUUUUCGGCAACAUAUCAACAACCCCGGCUGGCCCACCACCCCAGGCACAGACAAAUACUUCUUUCGGACAACAAAACACUGCUCCGUCGGCCCUCUUCGGAAAUGCACGCACUUCAAGCCCGCUAUCGACAAAUUCUCCCGCUGUUUCAACUCCAACUCUUGGUUCCGGCAGCGGUGCGGACCAACAACAACAGGCGAAGCCUGCAAGCAACUUGUUUGGGGCCACUGGCAGUACACCCAAUACUUCUAAUACCACAUCUGGAGGAUUAUUUUCCAAUUUAGGUCAGACUAAACCGGUUACUGAUGCUUCAAAACCAAGUGCAAACACAGGCUUGUUUGGAUCCGGUGGAGCUAUACCUACAACUUCCCAGGCUUCAGGUUCACUAUUCACGCCGUCAUCCGGAACCUCUACUCAACCUGCGUUUUCCCUAACGCCAGCCACCACAACCAAACCAUCUACAUCUCUCGCUACUGCUACUACAGCAGGUAGCAAUACCCAGAACUCUCUAUUUUCCCUUGGCACUCCAGCAUCCACAGCCACACCAGCAACCACUACAGCUGCUCCAUCUGACCUUACGAAAUACCAGAAAGAGUUCCAGGAGCAGGCUGAACAAGUAGCUGAAUGGGAUAGAAUGCUAGUUGAAAACAGCACAAAAGUGCAGAAACUGUAUGGAAACACGGUUGAUGCUGAGAGAGCUACGCAAGAGGUCGAGCGGCAACUCGCCUCCGUCGAGAGCCAGCAGGAUGAGCUGAGUUCUUGGCUUGAUCGAUAUGAACAGGAAGUUGAAACUCUGCUAUCAAAGCAAGUUGGGACAGGGGACAACCUCCCGGGGCCAGACCAGGAGCGUGCAAGAACUUAUAAACUUGCCGAGCGCCUUUCUGAACGCCUUAAUGAAAUGGGCCAGGAUCUUACUAGCAUGAUUGAGGAAGUUAACACUGCGUCUGCAACGCUAAGCAAGACGAGCAAGGCUGAUGAACCGAUCUCCCAAAUUGUGCGCAUUCUUAACUCUCAUCUCUCCCAGCUCCAACUCAUUGAUCAGGGAACUGCUGCUCUUCGUGCUAAAAUCACUGCAUCUCAAAAACUUGGCAACUCCAUCAAUGGGUUCAAGACUGGUGCUUCUCGAGGAGUCGGUGGCGGCAGCGGGGGGGCUGCCGAAGACUUUUACCGCUCUUAUAUGGGACGAAGAUAG